ACGGGCUGCUCGGAGAGGACUGAGUCCCCUGCACGGCACCUCAGGUGCCUGCGGACGUCAGCUGGUCCUUCUGCGGUCAUCCCACGCCGAGCUUGGCCAGCACGCACGCCUCGCCUCGCAGGAGCCCGCAUAAAAGGCGCGUCCGGCCCAGGCUGGAAGCGGCCGUAGCCUUCGGCUGGACGAGGAUGGAGUGACCGGCGCGGUCCUGGCCACGCAGACCCAGCUCGACGCUCCUCGCCUGCUCUCGCAGCGGAGCCGAACCUCGUACGGCCGCUCCAGGAAAGGGCGCGCGGCGCCGGAAGCCGCUAUGGACAGCGGCGGCCCCGCAGGCAGCCACCUGAUCGCCAGCAACGAGCCCGCGCCACCGGUAGCCGCCACCCGAGACUCGAGCCAGGGACGGACCGGACCGGGGCCGGCGGGCCCAGGCGGCGGUGCGCGCUCGGGGGGCGGGAGGCCGGCGGCAGCAAACGCGGCGCGGGAGCGCAGCCGCGUGCAGACUCUGCGGCACGCCUUUCUGGAGCUGCAGCGCACGCUGCCGUCGGUGCCGCCGGACACCAAGCUGUCCAAGCUGGACGUGCUGCUACUGGCCACCACCUACAUCGCGCACCUCACUCGCAGCCUGCAGGACGACGCCGACGCACCGGCGGAUCCCGGACUGGGCGCUCUGCGCGGGGAUGGUUACCUACACCCUGUCAAGUUCUGGAGGCUGGAAAGUCCAAGAUCAAGGUGCUGGCCAAUUCACUUCCUAAAAUGGCCCAUGCGAUCAAGAUUGUACAUUGGUGCUACUGGUGUAAAGUUCAUUCAUUUCUCGAUAACCCACAGUUUUAAAGUUGCUGGGUUUCAUCCAAGAUUAUUAAAUAGAAAUGUGUAUGAAUGGACUUGGUUGAAUUAAGAUAGCAGCAGAACCACCAUUUCAUUUUCUCCUCCGUUUAACUCCAGCUUUUGGCAGUGAAAUGAAGUAAAAGACUAUCUGAAGGCAAAAACUAUCAUUCAGUUGAUUCGAGGAUGAUCAUGUUUUGACUCAUGUCUUAUAGUUAGUUUGUAAUUUUUAUUAUUUUAAUGUGAAUAUACUCCUUGUAAUGUGACCAAAGCAUGUCUUUAAAAGAAAAGCCAUACAAUGAAAGCUGUCUACAUAUUAAUAUGUAGCAAAAAUGUUUGUAUAUUUAAAUAUUUGUGAGUAUAUUUACCUACUCAUAUACCAUUGAAAGGAAUAAAAAGUAAAAUGAGAUGGAUUCAGCCAUUCACUAUCAUAAGUUAUUGGAAUAAAAAGUGCUAAGAAUAAUCUUUUAUCUUAAGGUAUGAAAUCAGAACUUCUUUAAAGUUACCUGGAACUGAACUGUAAACACUAAAUGUGCUAGCAAGAAUUUCAGAAAAAAAUGGUUUUAUCGCUAAUAAUCUAUUUGGUUAUAGUUGUUAAAGCAUUUAACUGGGGAAAAAUUAUGACUAUUGUUGAAUUAUCAGACUUUUCUAAAUCCUCCUGUUAAAUCAUUAGUCAUUGUCUUAAACAGUAUUACUUUUUAUUUCUUCUUGUCCAGUUACAAAUGUUUUAAUGCCAAAGAACUAUAUUUCUGUCAUAGGUUUUCAUAACAUUUUAUUAAAUUGCUAAAUAUGCUAACAGCUUUUGGUAGAUUGGGAAAUCUGAGGUGAAAUUGCAUAUUUUCACCCAAAGUUUCCAAGGAGCAUGCUGCUUUGAUUAAUGGUGCAUGGUCAAGAUAAAGGAUAAGAUAAAAUAAAGCACUAAUUUGAAAAGUAA